UUUUUUUUUUUUCUAUUUGACCAUGUCAGAAAUUCCUCUCUUUGAAUCUAAUUUACUUAGCCCUGAAGUUCAAGCUGCUUUACCUAAAGGCUACACACUUCGUGCCCUUCGCUCUGGUGACUAUGAACGCGGAUUUCUUGAUGUCUUGACAGUUUUGACUGAAGUUGGUGGUCAUUCUAAAGAAGAGUUUUUAGAACAAUUCAAAUACAUGAAGAAACACAAUGAUCAAUACUUCACUAUUACUAUCACUGAAGAUGCAAAGAAUCAAGUUGUUGCAGUUGGUACCAUUUUGGUUGAAAGAAAGUUUGUUCACAAGAAUGGUUUGGUUGGACAUAUUGAAGAUAUUGCAGUAAACAGCAAUCAACAAGGUAAAAAGUUGGGCUUGAGAAUUAUUCAGGCACUCAAGUACAUUGGUGCUCAACGUGGAUGCUACAAAGUCAUUUUGGACUGCUCAGAGAAGAACAUUCCCUUUUAUGAAAAGUGUGGUUUCAAGCAAAAGGAAUAUGAAAUGGCUUGGUAUGUUCCUCAAGAAAAGGCACGCUUGUAAAGAUAGUUAGAUUCCCCCCUUAUAUAAAAUAAA